GUGUGUGCGUGAGCGCGCUAGGCGAGCGCGCGUCGGUGUUGGCGCGUUUCCUUUUUUUGUUAUUUGUUUCUUUCGCUGCUUCUCGUUCUACGCGUACCUGCCUGCAUACCGAUGCUCCGGAGCGCGGCGUCGCCCGUCGCGAAAAUGCAGCAGCCGAUGCCGCUGCGUAAUUGCUAAAAAGUUUUCUCGUGUCCGCUGAAGGCUCAGCGCAGCGACAACUUGGUCGUCGAAUUGGACUUGCAACUGCUGCUGCGGGAAAGUCGGCUUCGCUACCCCUCACAUCGGCCCGAGUCGACCUCGUCGAGCGGAUUGCGUCUGUCCGACAUCGCAACGGGGCUCUGCGUUCGGCGCGGGCCAGUUUCCGUGUGUGCGUGCUGCUGUGGCGUUUUCUUUCUUUUUUUUCUCUGGGCUCCCUCUGACCGCGCCGCAGUUUGUCAUCGCUGGCAACACCUGGUGAACGUUUCCACCGGCCAGCAAAAAAGGAGUACCACACGCCGAUCAGCCCCGUUCUAGUGCGCCGAAACGUCGUCGCCUUCGUCCACCGAUGCACCUGUCCGGCGGCGAGCCGACAUUGUGUGCUAUCAUCGCCCGAAGAAUUCCCGGCCUAGGCUGGCUCUAGGCAAGCGACGCACCACAGAUGCCAAUUGAAUGGCAGCCAUGCCAGGGGUGAUGAAAGUGGACAGUUGGGAGGACAGGCAUUCUGUGAGCAGUGAUUACGACCCCUAUUUGGUACACAAGGACCGAGCAGACCUAGACAUGAGGAGCUCAAGGUCGGCUUACUCCAAUGGCUACAGCUCCGCAGACCAGCACAGUGACUUUGGAGCUGAGGAGGCACCUUCGUACCUCCUGGAACACCUGGCCACCUUCUCUGUUGGGCAGCAAUAUGCCCUGGAGAGCCCCAAGGAUGGGUUACGAAAGUUGUUUCAAAUGGAGAAGUCCAAGGGCAUCUGGACGCAGAAGAUGAAGUUGAAGCUGGAUCGCAAGUGGGUCAUUAUCAUCGACUGCGAGAAUGGGGAUGUGGUGGAGCGCUUUCCCAUGAGCCUGAUCAGCGACCCAACAGCAUUCACGUCAGAUGACCCACGAGAGCUAUACAACAACAUCCUGGUCUUUGUGGUCCAGGAUGACCCGACCUCAUCCAGCCAGCAGGAGCAUGCUGAGAUGCAUAUCUUUCAGUGUGUCCGCAUCUCGGCUAAGGAAGUGGUGGAUGACAUCAAGGCCUUCAUGAUGGGAAAGAGCCGAGGACGGCGCAGCAGUCAUGACCGAGGAUCAGGCCUGCCCCCACCGCCAAAUGUGGCCGCCCCCGAGCCUCCCGUCAAUGGCGGCAUCAACGUGCGCGAACAAGUGAGCAUCUUCAACGCAGUUGCUGUGUCACAGGGGUCUCCGCCACCGCCUUCACAUGUACCCAUGCACCGCGGGGGACCUCCACCUCACGACAAGAUAGAGGCACAUCACGCACGAGGGGGUGGCUACGCACGCGAAUCGAAUGACGAGACCAGCUCAACGACGAGCGAGAAGUACGAGCGUGACGUGGCUAUCCUGAACCACUGCUUUGAUGACAUCGAACGAUUCAUCGCCCGACUUCAGCAUGCUGCCGCGGCCUACCGGGAGCUGGAGCGUCGCCGCAAGUCACGCAAGAACAAAAAGAAGGAUCUCGGAGAUGGAAUGUUGAGCAUGCGUGCCAAGCCACCACCAGAUCGAGAAUUUGUUGACAUCCUGCAGAAGUUCAAACUGUCCUUCAACCUUCUGGCCAAGCUCAAGAACCACAUCCACGAGCCAAACUCCCCUGAGCUGGUCCACUUCCUGUUCACUCCGCUUGCGGUGAUCGUAGACGCAGCGCGAGAUUGUGGCCGUCCUGGCACGGGUGCCAGCCUGGCGGCACGUGUCGUUAGUCCCCUGCUCACACGUGACGCACUUGAGCUGCUGGCCAACUGCUGCACGUCCAAGGAGAGUGACCUCUGGCACAGCCUGGGUGAUGCAUGGGUGGUUCCACGGGACAUGUGGAAAGGCUACGAGUCGGAGAGCUACCAGCCCGUCUUCUCGGAUGGAUGGGCGCCCGACUGUAGCGGAUCUGACGACCAGGCUCCACCACCCUCACAGCCGCCCCGUAUGCGCCGACGGUCACAGGAAGAGGUGGAACUGCGGGAUGUUCCCGAUUACCACGCCCAUCGUGGAAACGUAGUGUCCUCACAGCACGACAUGGACAGUCGCUAUGGUGGCAGCGACUAUCUCAACGAGCGCAUGCCAGGACCACUGCAGGCAUCGCCUUACGAUCGGGGCUUCUCUCCACGGGACCAUAUGGAAAGGCCUGGCACCCAGACUCCAUCGGAGUCAGACCUGCAGGACCCGCGGGACCAACGCUCGGAGCUCAGUGUGGACUCGAUGGAAGCUGGAGGAGGCGAUCCACAGCGGCAGUGGCGUGCGUGGGCCGAGGCCCUCCGUGACCAGGGAGCCAAAGUAGUGCAAGUGGUGUACCCCCGGACUGCCAACAACGACAAAGAGUUGACCGUCGUGCGGGGAGAAUUCCUCGAGAUCCUGGAUGAUAGCCGCAAGUGGUGGAAGACGCGCAACAUCCGAGGCCAGGUUGGCCAUGUGCCGCACACCAUCGUCACAGCAUACCAUGCCGACGACUCCGGCAGUGUUGGCUAUGAGCGCUCCUCGAGCCGCGAGAACUACGAUCGCUCUCCUUACCCACCUGGUGGAGCGUUUGCCGAAAUGGGCCUUGAGGGUGACUCCUCACCACCUCAUGACCUCGGGGGUGACUCGAUGAGUUCAUCGGGACUGGGAAUGGGAAGUCCACGUGGAGGCGGACCUCGCCAGCCGCCUGCUCCGGCCGACUGGGUCCGCCGCGAGCGACAGGGGAAGAAAGAAACAUAUGACGAAAAUGAUCCUUAUGGGUACGUGGAAAGGAACAUUCCUCCCGCACCGCCUAUGCCGCCACCUGAACCUCCCCUGCGUUCUUCACGUGCUCCGAGUGUUGUCGACGACAGUGUUUCUGACCACUACCGACCAACGUCAACUCAGUCUGACCCGAGACAUGCAAGCAGCAGUGGACAGGACAUGGAGGUGAGAAGCCAACAUGACACCGUGCAGAUUCACUCGGGCCAGUAUCACUCGACGCCCGAAUCGACUCGACACGAGUUCAGUAGGCAAGUGUCUGAUCGGCAGGAAUCGGCUCGCCGUUCCGGGUCCUUUGUCGACGAAGCAUUACCACCACCACCGAACCAACACGACACUAUCCUUCUGGAGUCGACCCGUAAUUCGGAUCAAUACGAUGGUCACUUCCAUGCGAGAGGUUUUGAACCCCGCUCAGCACACAGUUCCAGUCAUUUCGAAUCGUCGACGCCGACUCCACCACCGCCACCACUGCCAGGCAGCGCCGAUUACUACGCUUCAAAAAGUUCGGACCUGGCUCACAGGCGGUACGACAACCCUAACUUAGAGCGCCGUUCAAGUCAACGUGAUGCACUCGCAAUGCAGCUGCCACCGCCACCCGUAGAGCCAUCGUCAUCGGUGGUCCCAGAGGCACCGCGUCGCCAUGGAAGUGCUAGUUCUGCACAGCCUCCUGCUAAGGCAGCCCACCGUGAAGACACUUUCGACGAAGAACUUAAGCUUCGUGUGUCUCUAGGCCCCAAGGCGGGCAAAAAAUGGGGUAGGGCAACGGCAGUUGCUGCACGCGCCGCCUACAUCACGCCCGAGUCCACAGUCGACGAGGUCCAAGCCUGGCUCACCGCAAAGGACUUCAGUGACAGGGUAAAAGGUCUUUGCAAGGAACUAACGGGCGAACACAUGUUCGCACUCACCAAGGAGCGCCUGGAGGAAGUGCUGGCUGUCACAGAAGCAGCCCGCCUAGUCAGCCACCUCACUGUGCAGAAGAACCUGUGUGGGUACAAGCCCGGUGGCAAGGACCAGCUGAGCGAGAUCCUCCAGAUGCGGCGCAAUCGUGUGGACGCCGGCGUGCCAGCAUUCGAAGAAGCACCCAGGAGCCCCACCACCACUGUGGUUGUCAUGCAGAAGCAGCACAGCGCGACCAGUGACUCGACGGUCCCAACUGCUGCCGAGGCUGAGACCGCUGCGACGGCCACGACGAGUGCCACUCAGUGAUGGCUUCAGAGAAAGAAAAAAAGGUUUAUUUGUUCCCUGGACAACCAAUUGCCUCAUACCACGACAACAGUGUGCUGCUGUGUUGGAGCUCAUACAGUGCUUCAUCACAUUUUUACGAAGUUUUAUAGCCCUUGAUUAACUGCAUAGUUUCUGAACAUUACCUCCUGGCCUGCUGCACUACCGUGAGCAUUUCACACGCAUAUUCACAACCAUCCCGUCCUUAUUCCUUGUGCCCUAGAGAGACAAUAAAGAAAGCAGGAAGGCGAGGUCACUGGAACAGGAAAUCUGCUUUGCUAUUUCCACUAACUUUAAAUGAUUUACUGUAGUGCAGCAGACGUGACACAAGACAAAGGUAACGUAUUGGUAGUAGCGCUUCGUUUCUAUGUUACCUUCCUAUUGUGUCACGUUUCACGCUACAGUUCAUCCUGUUCAGUCAGCACUAACUAUCCCAAUUUUCUGUUCUGCCUCGCCACCAUACACAACCGGAACUUGCUGGGCGCAGUUUAGAGCACACCUAUUGCGCUAAGUGCACCAGCAAGGUCUUUUGCUCACCCCAACAUGCUAAAUGGAUGACCACUUUUCUCGCACCAACUUUGAUGGCAGCGAGAGAGCUUUAUGAUGCCAUGUGGUUUAGUUUGUCUAUAUCCUCAUCGAGGAAACAGGUACUUGUUCUCCUGACCUAUCCCUCCCCCCACUUUUUUUUUUUCCAGUAAUCAAACUUGGGAACAGUCGCGUACUCAACCAUCCGUCCGGCUCUAUCCUCGAGACGUCCUAUACACAUUCCAAGUAACCACAUCAUUGACAUUGGCUCAAAUCUCAGACCAAAUGACAAAAGAGUGGCUAUUAUGUUUCCAGGACCAUUGUUUCCAUGUGAAUAAUAUUACAAGUAGUGUUGACCGAUGUGAAAACAUCCAACAUGAUCGCUCACAGUAGCAAUGCUAGUCUUUUAGGUGUAGAUAAAAUUUAGGCAGCAUAUCGAGCACCUUACAGUAUGAGAAGUGAAUAGAGUCAUUGCUGCUUGUGCAUUUUCUUCCUUCAAAAGAGAACACAUAUUGCAAAUAAAUAUUUUUGCAAGUUUUGC